AUGGUUUCGUUUUCUUGUGAAGUCUGUAACGAUACCGUGUUAAAGAAGAAGCUUCAGCAACAUCAGCGUUCUUGUCAUGGAGCAUAUUUCACUUGUAUCGAUUGCUCAACUACUUUCUACGGGAAUGACCACCAGAAACACACAAGCUGUAUCAGUGAGGCUGAGAAAUAUGAGAAGGCGCUGUAUAAGGGGAAAAAGGGAAAGAACCAACAGCAGCAACAGAAGCAACAAAAGCUGCCACAACAGAACCAAGCUACAAAGCAACAGCAACAUGCUGUAGAGGCUAAGAAGGAGAUCAAGAAGGAUUCAGAGAAGCCAAAGAAGGCUGAAGUGCCAAAGAAAGAAAGCCUGUCUUCUUCUUCAAACAUUUCUAAGUAUGUCGAUUCGAAGGCAACGACCCUGUACAAAAUUUUCAAGUCGGCCAAAAAGGAUGACAAGAAGUUUGCGGACAAGACCGAAUUCUUGAAAAACGUCAAAGUGACCCAAAACGAAGAUGGUUCGUUCAACUUGGUGAUAUAA